AUGAGCAGAAUCGAACUAGUCACCCAGCCCUCGAAGGAAAACCUCAAAGACGAGGCGCUCAGAGAGAGCACGUUGAACAAGCUACAUACUUUGGUAAAUGAAACAUUGAAUGAAGACGAGAAGGAGAAAGACGAGGAUAAGAAGGCCAAGGAGGAAACAGUGGGCGGGAAGAAGUCUCUGUCUCCAAUUUCGUCGCCUUCUCGUACGCCUUCGCCGGAACUUGACUAUGACGGGUUCGAAGUUCCUUCAGGUAAGAUCCCGUUGGAUGGUAACUUUUCCACCAGUGAAGUUAAAGAGAUAAUAGAUUUAGCUCAGGAAGGUGGAGUGUUGGCUUCAGAUAUUGACGUGAACGUUGUGGAGCACAAUGCCUUGGGAAACCGUGUUGUGGUGAGUGAAAAGGAACAACAAGAAAGAGAAAGGAAAGAGAAUGAACAGAAGGAAAAGGAGGAGAACGAGGAGAAGGAAGCAAAUGGCGAUGAAGAGGAGAAGAGCGAUAACUAA